CCCCGAGACACAUGCACGUUCUGCAGAAGAAAUAGCCUGCUAACUUGAAGCACUGAUGUCAGAAGUUGUUUUUUUUUUACAUGUAGAUUUGAUGGAUGUUUUCUUUGGGAAAUGGAAUCAAUAACAAAAGAGGGACUUUGUAGCAAUGGACCACAGCUCAGUGCUGAACAGUUAAAGCAAAUAGAACAGAACAGGCAGGCAGCACUGGACAGGCUAUUUGCCCGCAAUGUUCCCGUGCCCAUUGGAGAGACCUGGCGAAAACACAUUGGGGAUGAGUUCACCAAACCUUACUUCACCAAGCUGAUGCAUUUUAUUGCUGUGGAGAGAAAACGAUUUGCCAUCUACCCAAGUGCAGAGCAAGUAUUCCUUUGGACAAAUGUGUGUGCAUUUGAGGAUGUAAAAGUAGUCAUCCUUGGCCAAGAUCCAUAUCCCAGGAAAGGUCAGGCCCAUGGCUUAUGCUUCAGUGUACAGAGACCUGCUCUACCACCUCCAAGCUUGGAAAACAUUUUCACUGAACUAGCAAUAGAUAUUGAGAACUUCCAGCACCCUGGUCAUGGGGACCUGACAGGAUGGGCUAAACAGGGUGUUUUGCUCCUGAACUCUGUGCUGACUGUUAGAGAGCGACAGCCCACCUCGCACCAUGGUCAGGGCUGGGAGCUCUUUACUGAUGCUGUAGUUUUGGCCCUCAGCAGGAGUUUAAGAAGUCUUGUCUUUUUGCUGUGGGGAGCUUAUGCUCAGAGCAAAGGUGCAGUCAUUGAUAGAACUCGGCAUCAUGUCUUGGAGACGUCUCAUCCAUCACCAUACUCUGCUCAACUGGGCUUUUUCGGAUGUAGACACUUCUCAAAAACCAAUACUUUUCUUAAGGCAUCUGGAAAGAUGCCAGUUGAUUGGAAUGCACUCUGAUUACAGUAGUUCUAGACCAAUUUUUAUUCUGAUGUGUUAUAAAAUACUGAACACUUGUGUGUGUACAAAAUGUGUAUUUUCUAUAUGGUAUUGUCCAGUAAAUAGUUUUUUUCAACUGUUUUGUGAAAUUGUGUAAUUUGGUUGCAAUGUGCCCACUUGUGGUCUAAUUUGGAAAAGCUUUGACCCUACCUUGUCCUUCUGUCCUUGACUGUAAAGUUUUUACAUCCUUACUUUUUAUAUGAACAUAGCCUUUAUCAUCCUAUUCUUUAGGAUUAUUUCACUGAGAUUUGUGUGUAAUUUAUGGUCUAAAUGUAUUUAGCAACACCAAUUUCUAUCCC